AUGCAAAUUUUUGUAUUUGGAAUUGGCAUGUCAUUACGUCAAAAUCUUAGUAAAGGUAGAUCUGGGUUUAAAUCAUCACUAAUUCAUGAACAUAAUUCAAAACAUAUAUUAUUUGUUUCAACUAUAGAUAAUGAUUUAAACUAUCUUCUAGAAAUUUACCAAGAAUUUCAACUAAUAAAAUGUAUUAAGGGACGAACUCCUGAUGAAGUUUGGUAUCCAAUUAGUAUAAAAAAUUUUACCAGCACACAACUUUUUGGUUUAGAUAAUUCAACAACUCAACUAUAUAUUAAUCAACAUAAAUUCUUUAUUAAUUGGGCCCAAAAUGAAAAUGAAACAAUAGAGCUAGUUACUAGCUUACAAAAAAUCUACCUAACACAUUACCAGUUUAGUGAAAGAGAAUUUAGUGUUUGGAAAACCUUAAUACGAGCACAGAUGGAUUUAAUAUUACUCUAUAGCUAUCCGACGAAUCAGAG